AUGACGACAACUCCAGCGGCCUAUGCUGCAAAAGUAAUGUCCUCUUCCUCAUUUUCAGAAGCACGAUCAAGAUACUACUUCCUAUCAGAUUCUUAUUCACAAGUUUAUUUAAGAAAGGCUCCAAAUAUAGUUCAAUCAUAUCUUCUUGAUUUUCCCGUAGCAACGGCACGUGCGAAAAUCAGAGAAGAGUUUGAAAAAAACCGUUAUGUUAGCGAUUUAAGGGUAAUUGACGUCUUGAUUUUUAAGGGACGUGCCGAAUAUCAAGAAACCCUUAAUAAUUGGAAAAUGGACUCGCAUAUCAUGAGGUACUUUUCGAAAGAAGAAUCACCUCCUAAGCCCGAAGGUUUUCUGGAAAAGUUUUAUG